AUGAUUGUCACCAGAACACCUCCUUCAAGAGUCAUCGGUCGCUCUUUAUUGCGGCAUGUGAACAAUCGUUCCACCUCUUCGCUUUGGAAUACUACUAGUAAUAGAACCAUCACGACAUCAUCAGCUCACUGUCGCCAAGAAGAUUUGGAUCAUGCAGUCGCGUUGGUGAAGAGUCACGACCCAUCUGGGUUGCUCCCGGGAAGACUCUUGCCCAACACGGAAAUGCAGACUGCCUAUUUUGCCGUGAGAAGCUUUUGGGUGGAGACCGGUUUGAGGUUUGGGUCCACCGCCCAAGUGGCGCCCAAUGCCACACCAAGAGAACACUUGGAGUGGUGGCAACAGUCCUUGGAUGGCGUCUAUGCAGACCUGAACAAUAAAAAAGAAGAAGAAGAAAACAAAGGAGAUUCCGUCGAGGAUUGGCGAGGGCAUCCCACGUUGCGACUAAUGCAUGGUGUGAUCCAGGAAUCUGCUACUAGCAAUCACUCCGCAUCAACAAAGACACCACUUCUUUCCAAAAUUCAUUUCGAUGAUGUCCUUCAGGGACGCCGCAAUGAUUUGGACUUGAAGCAAUAUCCCACUCUACAGCAUUUAGAAGACCACGCCGUUCUCUCCUGUGGAUCUCUGGCGCAGCUCGUACUGGAGAGUGGAAACAUGACAUCCGAAACCCAUCCAGUGGCUCAUCAGGCCGCCAGACUAGUGGGAAUGGGGCAUGGAUUGACGAAUGCAUUGAGGACGAGUAUCCCCGUGAUUUCGACCACGGGAAAAUUGAUUGUCCCGGAAGAUUUGUGUCAAAAGUACGGAAUUACCAGUCCUCGGUAUCUGCUCAGUGCUCUGGGACAAGGCGAUACCAAGGCACAACAAGCCAUGGCUCAGGCGGUCCAGGAAAUUGCCGAACACGCCCAAUCGCACUUGCAAGCAGCCAGAGACCUUCGAACAGAUGUCUUGGCCGAAGACCCCAAGGCAGUUUCUGUCUUGUUGCCGGCGCUGGCUUCCGAAACGUUUCUACAACGCCUCCAAGAGAGUGGCUACAACUUGACCGAUCGCAAUCUACGUAACGUUGGCUUUUUAGAGCAUUGGCAGUGCGCUACCAGAAUGAUCAUGGCGUACUAUCAGCAAAAGUACUAG